AUGGCGUCAUAUGAUCAACAACAAUACGCCGAACAACCUCAAGAUGAAAAAUCUUAUCAAGAAGCUUGGGCUUCUUACUACGCUCACUUAGAAGCCCAUAAGCAAGCAACCGGUGGAUUAGGAGGAGCUGAUCCAUAUCAAGGAUAUUAUCAACAAGACCCGGCUGCGGCCGCUGCUGUUGGUGCCGUUGAUCCGUACGCAGCGUACCAAUAUCCAGGACAAGCUCCAGAUCCGCAUGGCGCCCCAAUGGGCGCUGGACGCGGACGCGGUGGCUACGACGGAGGCCGUGGUGGUUAUGACGGUGGUCGUGGUGGAUAUGGGGGCGAUCGUGGCGGCUAUGGUGGUGAUCGUGGCGGACGUGGUGGUCGCGGCGGUGGCUUCGAUGGUGGUCGCGGUGGAUUCCGCGGAGGAAGCGAUCGUGGCGGCCGCGACUACGGUGGCGGUUUCGACGGCGGCGAACGUCGUGGCGGUAGCCGUUGGGACAACGGUGGCGAUCGAUAUGGCGCUGGUGGACCUCCAGGUGGAAGAGGUUUCCAAGAUAAAGGACCGCGACGUGAUGGACCCGGAGGACCGAUGGGCGGACCGCGCGUCGAUGAUCGAGUUGAACUUAAGGAUACUGUAUUCGUUCAAGGAAUUAAUAAAACCGCCAAUGAAGCUUACAUUGCCGACGUUUUCAACACUUGUGGAGAUAUUGCUAAAAAUGAUCGUGGACCGAGAAUCAAGAUUUACACGAAUCGCGAUACUGGAGAACCGAAGGGAGAAUGCAUGAUUACUUUUGUUGAUGCUGACACUGCUCAGAAGGCGAUUCAGAUGUACAAUGGGCAGCCGUUCCCAGGAUGUCAAAGUCCGAUGACAAUUAGUCUUGCGAAAUUCAAACCGAAUCCUGAUGCUGUUCGUGGUGGACGUGGCGGCUUUGGAGGCCGUGGAGGAUAUGGCGGAGAUCGUGGUGGAAGAGGUGGACGUGGAGGUUUUGAUGGAGGCCGUGGCGGUGGCUUUGGCGGGCGUGGCGGUGGAUUCGGCGGUGGUCGAGGAGGAUUUGGAGGCGAUGAUCGACGAGGGUACGGUGAUCGCGAUGGCGGACGCGGCGGUGAUCGUGGUGGUCGUGGAUUCGAUGGUGGACGCGGUGGCGGUGGAUUCCGUGGUGGAGAUCGAGGAGGAUUCAGAGGCGGACGUGGCGGAGCCCCGCGCGGUGGUGGACCUGGCGGUGCCAAUGCGAAUGUGGAGCCGAGAAAGAAUGAUUGGGAAUGCGCUGAGUGUGGAAAUAACAAUUUUGCUUUCCGAAGGGAAUGUAAUCAAUGCCGAGCACCAAGAGCUGAUGGUGGUGGAUCGUCAGGACCAGAUCGCGGACGAGGCGGACCACCAUCUGGAGGCGAUCGCUUCAAGCCUUAUUAA